AGAGGAAGUGAACCUUUGGAAUAUGGUUUGGAGGAGGAGUUCAGUAUCAAGAUUGCUACUGAAGGCGACUUUAACUCAACACCAUCGUGCUGCUCAGUGUGACCAGGUGCAAUGAUGGACAAGUUUGUCAUCAGGCGACCAAAGAACUGUGGCAAUUCCAAGUCGGAACAGUGUGAGGUCCAAAAGCAGAUGGAUCGUAAAGCAGUGAAUGAUCCAAUGGCAGAGAGUCCAAGGAAGAAACUGAAAAGCAGGACAGGUGAAAGUGAAUUAACAGAACUGACACCCUCCUUAAAGGAGCAGGUCUUGCUGAGAGAUGCUGAAUGUUCUUGGAAGCAGCUGAGAGCAGAGGGACUGAACUGUGAUUAUACCAAGAUAUUCACCAAAUCAGAGGCGGAUGACAUAUUUUUGCAGUUGGAGAAAGAGCUGGAAUAUUUUUCAGGUGAACAGACCAAAGUGCAAGUGUUUGGCAAAUGGCACAAUAUUCCACGUAAACAGGUGACAUAUGGGGACCUUGGCUUGACCUACACUUACUCAGGGGUGACCCUGGCCCCUAAGCCCUGGCUUCCCGUGCUGGAGAUGAUCAGAGCCCGAGUAACGCAGGCUACAGGACACACGUUCAACUUUGUGCUGAUCAACAGGUACAAAGAUGGACGAGACCACAUAGGGGAGCACCGCGAUGAUGAGAAGGAACUGGAGCCUUUCAGCCCCAUUGCAUCAGUCUCCUUCGGUGCCUGCCGGGACUUCAUCCUCCGCCACCGGGACUCCCGAGGUAAACAUGCGACACGCCGCCUGGAACCAGUGAAACUACUUCUGGGCCACGGCAGCCUGUUGAUGAUGAACUACCCCACCAACAUCUACUGGUACCACAGCCUGCCAGUCCGUAAAAAUGUGCUGAGCCCCCGCAUCAAUCUGACCUUCCGCAAGGUCCUGCCUCUGGCAAAGGCUGAUUGAGAGCAUUCCCCUCAGCACAAAUGAAGACAACUGAUAGACAAGGGAGAGUCAACAGUCCGUUUCUGAACUUUCUCCUUGAAACUGCUGGGCUGAGAUUUGCCUUCAGCAGCAGUGGCUCUGUUACUACUUCAGUCCGACUGUCUUGUGGAUGAGUCAAAUUGAAGACCUGUUUGCCACCCCCUCGUGUGGAUUAAGGGAUCCUAUUUGUACUGUUUGGAAGAAGGGCAGGCAGCUAUGGUUGGUGUUUCACUCAAUGUUUAAUUCUUCAAACAACAUUGCGAAAAUAAUUGCUCUCUUCACUGUUACUGUCUGUGGGAUCUUUCUGUGUGCACAUUGGCUGCCACUUUUCCUGUACAAUGAGCAAACUACUUGAUGAGCCUUGUGACUUCGAGGCUGUUAGAGGUGUUUUAUAAAUGUAGGGUUGUCUUGAUACGAAUUGUCUGUUCAUACAGUAGUUAGAGGCCUUUACAGCUCAUAGUCACGACUGUCAUCCCCUAAUGCUACAAGCAUUAGGAUGGAGAGUAUUGCCUGUAGCACUGAGUGGGAAAUCUACCUGGUGUAAAUGCCCCCACAGUGAUGCUAACAUAAACUAAUAACAGCAUCCCAAACACCUUGCUGAAACUGGGCUAACAAAGACAAAGAAUCAAGCUCAUAAGUCUUUGUAUUCAUAGCAGCAGGUUGAUACUGGUCAUCCUUCUAUGCAAUAAAAGUUGUGUUAUUGAUUUUCAAGUAACACAAUGGUCUUCCAUAAGUUUUGUUCAGAAUAUUUUUAUAUCAGGAAUUGAUUAAAUCAAUAACAGCACAUGACUCAGACACGUUGCCUACAAUAAAACUAUUGAUAAUUAAUGUGCAUUUUUUUUAGGGAUUCCCAUUGACUAUGAUCAAAUCGAACAAUAUAGACCUCCCUGGAAGUACCUUUUCUAAUCAACCUGUUCAGGGAUGUUAUUACACAUCUCUGCAGUAGGUGAGACUUGAACUCACACCUCUUAGCCCAAACAUCUAGACACUACCACUGUGCCACAAGACUUAGUCUUAAAUUUGUACACCUGUUUCCUUUGCAUGGAAUUUCAGUUGAAAACCAUCUUUACCACCAGCGGCUGUAUAAUAGGAAUGUGUCUGGUCUUAUAUCUGCAUAUAUCUUACAUAUAAGAAUCAUAUACUGCUGCAACAUUUCUUUAUGCAGAGUCAAUCCUUGCACAGAUUAACUGUGAAUUCCUAUGUAAAUAUGCUACUCUCUACUUAUACUCUGUUGCCUUGUGUGUUGUAAUAUUCAGUUUGGCUUCUCAGAGGAAAUUUCUUAUCUGACCAACUUCUGCUGCAUUACAGCAUCAUUGGGUCUGUAUUAGCUCCAGGCAUGAGGCUACUCUCAGCUAGUAGAGAAAACCUUAGGGAGCUAUCAGAUAAUGCUAUCUUACUAAUGUAGCCACUUGCUAUGCAAAGGCCUGUACUACUAUUUUUCCUAAAUUAUGUUUUGUUUUAACCCAUUGUGAUCAAUAUUGUGUAUACAUGUGUCCUUCUCGGUAUGGUUAUCAAGUAAAAACUGUUGAUUAUGUAUUUUUGAGGGGCAUGAUAACAAAUGGUAAAUACUCUAAGAUUA